GCAGGCACUUGAGAGGAAGACCUGUGGGAUUUACUACUGAGAUCCAACUUUUCUUUAAAUGGAAUUUGCACUGGAUGUCAUAUUGUAGACUUUUUUGUGUUAAAGUUUGUAAAGCAUUUUAAGGACGUUUUUAUUCUAAUUCUCUCUGGUUGGAUUCCACUUUUAUGAUGUGGCUCUGCUGUGUUUUUGUUGGUUUGAUGGCCGAGCUGUGCGUCGGCGCUUGGGAAGAAAGCACCGUGGUUCCAGUCCGGUUAGACGCCGCUGAUGAGACGCGGGUGUACCGGCUAGACGUAUUCGACCAAGAGUUCACCUUGCAGCUGGAGCCCGAUCACACCUUCCUGGCCCCGGGGUUCGUCUUCCACGUUGUGGGGAGUCCCGAGUCCCACCCGAGCCCGGCGCCGAAGAGCCACCGGGACGAGUCGGAGUGUUUCUUCUCGGGCACCGUGAACGGGGACGAGCACUCCGCCGCCGCCGUCAACCUGUGCCAGGGACUCCGAGGUGGAUUUUACUUGGACGGGCAGGAGUUCUUCAUCCAGCCGCUGGACGAGACCGAGAAGGUGCACGUCGUCCGCCGCAGGGGUCGAGCCGCCGCGGCGGGAGAGGAGAGCGCCAAGUGUGGGGUCAAUGAGGACGAGGCGAGGGUGCCGAAAAAUCUGCAAAAGGAGCCUGGAAACUCCGAGCAGACCGACCACCACAGAACCAGGCGUUUUGUUUCCACUCCUCGCUACCUGGAGAUCAUGUUGGUGGCCGACCAGUCCAUGGCCGAGUUCCACGGCGCCGGGCUCAAAGCCUACCUCCUCACCAUCAUGGCCGUGGCCUCCCGCCUUUACCGCCACCCCAGCAUCCAUAACUCCAUCAGCCUGGCGGUGGUGAAGGUGCUGGUGGUCUACGAGGAAGAGCGAGGCCCUCAGGUGUCGUCCAACGCCGCCAUGACCUUACGCAACUUCUGCCAGUGGCAGCGGCAGCACAACCCCCCUAGUGACCGCCACCCUGAGCACUAUGACACCGCCAUGCUCUUCACAAGGACGGAUCUGUGCGGCGCUCAUUCCUGCGACACUCUGGGAAUGGCAGAUGUCGGCACCGUGUGUGACCCGGACAGAAGCUGCUCCAUCAUUGAAGACGACGGACUGCAGGCUGCGUUUACAGUAGCACACGAGCUAGGUCACGUUUUCAACAUGCCUCAUGACGACGCCCAGCUGUGCUCCGGGGUUAACGGUCCCCACUGGGGCUCCCACAUGAUGGCCUCCACCCUGGCCAAUCUCGACCAGCAGCAGCCGUGGUCCCCCUGUUCCGCCCUCAUGGUCACCACCUUCCUGGAUAACGGCCACGGUCAAUGCCUGCUCGAUAAGCCCGCCAAGCCUCAAGCGCUCCCCCAGCCUCUUCCGGGGACGGUCUACGACGCGGACCACCAGUGUCGCCUGACCUUUGGUGACGACUCCCAACACUGUCCCGACCUGAGCACCACCUGCGCGGCUCUGUGGUGCACAGUGACAACUUCCAACGGUUUGCUGGUCUGCCAAACCAAGAACUCCCCGUGGGCAGACGGGACACCGUGUGGACACGAUAGCUACUGUCUGGCCGGACAGUGUCUCACAAAGAGCCAAGCCGUCAAACAUCAGAUUCCUGUCAACGGUGGCUGGGGAGCAUGGGGUCCUUGGGGUGACUGCGCUCGAACCUGCGGCGGAGGAGUGCAAUACUCUUUCCGGUCCUGCGACAACCCUUUGCCUAAGAACGGAGGCAAAUACUGUGAGGGCAAGAGGAUCCAGUACCGCUCCUGUAACACUGAAAUCUGCCCCAACACCAACGGUCUGUCCUUCCGGGAGGAACAGUGUCUGGCUCACAACGACAUGUCCGCCCAAGUGUCUCUCGGUUCGGGAGAGGGUGUUGAAUGGGUGCCCAAAUAUGCUGGAGUUUCGCCCAAAGACCGUUGCAAGCUAGUGUGUCGGGCAAAGGGGACGGGAUACUUCUUCGUCCUUAAAUCUAAGGUGGCGGAUGGAACCCCCUGCAGCCCCGAUUCCACCUCAGUUUGCGUUCAAGGACAGUGUGUGAAGGCGGGAUGUGAUCGCAUCAUCGGCUCCAACCAGCGCUACGACAAGUGCGGCAUGUGCGGCGGGGACGGAGCCACCUGCAAGAAAGUGUCGGGAUCCCUGGAGCGUGCCAGGCCUGGGUACCAAGACGUGGUGACUAUACCCGCGGGCGCCACCCAUCUGGACGUCAAGCAGCGUUCCCCUGGCAAUGGCCGCCAUGACAACAGUUACCUGGCAGUGCGCCGACAGGAUGGCACCUACCUGUUGAACGGCGAUUAUAAGCUAAUGACCAUGGAGUCGGACAUCACCCUGCAGGGUGCGCUGUUGCGCUACAGCGGUUCCUCCGCCAGCCUCGAGCGACUCCGCAGCUUUUCCCCCCUGCCUGAGCCUCUCACCAUCCAGGUACUGUCGGUGGGGGAUGCCCCGAGGCCCAGAGUGAAGUAUAGUUACUUUGCCCCGAGACCCAACAACGCCGCUUCCCCCAACAACAACGGCGGCCGUCGGCAUUCCAUCAACGCCAUCCGAGAGCUGGGGGUGGCCGAGUGGACCCUGAUGGAGUGGGGUCCCUGCUCCCAGACCUGCGGGGGAGGCACGCAGCAGAGAGAGGUGGUGUGUCUGGACCCCCAGGGCCGCCCGUCCAAAGACUGCCCGGAGGAGCUGCGACCUUUGGCGUCGCGCGCCUGCGCCUCUCAGCCCUGUCCCACCUGGCUUCUCGGGGAGUGGUCUACGUGCUCCAAGACCUGCGGAAGGGGGUUCCGCAAACGUCAACUCCGCUGCAUCGGCCAAGACGGCCGCACACUGACCCACGACAGCUGUGACUCCAAAGAUCGGCCGCGGCCCCUGCUGGAACUGUGCUACCAGAGUGCCUGCUAAGGACUGCUUUGACAACCUGACCUCUGUUUGAUGAAUUCAUUAAUUCCGUGUGUGGUAACUCCAGUCCUGUCGGGAACCACGCCGACCGUGUCACGCGUUUGCAAAGUCCGACGCGGCGUGCCUUGCCUCCCACCAACAUGAAAGAGUUGGAGCAUGCUGUUUACCAUCCUUAUGUCAUGCCCGUGUGUGUGUGUGCGUGUGUGUGUGUGUGUGUGUGUGUGUGUGUGUGUGUGUGUGUGUGUGUGUGUGUGUGUGUGUGUCGAUGCAUGUUUGUCCAAGCUGGGCUGGACGGAUUCAAAGGGUAUUGUGGCGUUUAUAUAUAAAGAACAUGUGUUCUACUUACUCAGCCCAUCAGGUAUGGAAAAUAAGAUUUAUUCUGAACUGUCAGUCCACAUUUUUAUUUAUCACAAACCUGUAGCACUUCACUUUUUUAUGUGUAUUUUUUAUUUUAUUUUAUUUUUUAACCAGUGGCACAUUGUAACGCUCAUUUUCUCUCUCUGAAUGCCUCGUUUUGUUUUUUUUUACAUUUAGCCAUAUCUUGAAAACCAAAGACGUGUGUGUGUGCGUGUGUGUGUGAGAGAGAGAGAUAGAGUGUGUGGAGACCUAAAGAGGGACUUGUCUCCUGCUACUACUUCAUAAGUAAGUCUCUCCUGCCUUCUGCGAAGGCAUCCUGUUUUUUCACAGUUGUCUCUUUUUGUACAGAAUAUCCAAACAUUAUUUAUUUUUGUACAGCCUGUUAUAUAUAAUCAUGUGGCCUCUUUUAAUAUUAUUUUUUAUUUGUUUUUGAGAUCACAGAAGGAAGUAGAAUAAAAAGAGUAUUUAUACAGUGUUUUAUAUAUAUAUAUAAAUAUGG